AUGGCAUGGUCACUCAUUGCAGGUAGACUUCCUGGAAGAACAGCAAAUGACAUAAAGAAUUACUGGAACACCCACAUGCGGAAGAAGCUGGAAACCGAAAGCAAAAAUCCGGCAAUAGCCAUUUGUCAGGAGGCCAUGGAAACAAAAAUCAUAAGACCUCAACCUUGGAGAUUCACGAAAAACCUGAAAUGGUUGAAGCCCUAUAAAAACACCACCCUAGGCACCAAGCAAAUUGCAUAUGACAACCUUGCCAAGCAACCACAGAUGAGGGAAGAUGGAGUGUCCGGGUGGCAAAAAGUACUUCCUAAAGGGGAACCCAAUGGCGCCGCCACAUGGUGUAAAGGUUUGGGCUGGCCUGAGACAGUGCAGAUGGGCGAGAAUGGUACUUCUGAGGAAAGUCAGAUCUGGUUGAGUGAGAUUUUUAGUGGCAGCAUGGAUUCUGGCUGUGAUAAUACUUUUAGCCAGGAGGAGGAGGCCAAGACACCACAUCUGAGGGCAAGCGAAGUUUCCAUAUGGCACAAAAUACUUACUGAAGUGGAAGCCAGUGGUUUCGCUACAGGGUGCAGGGGCGAGAUGGUGCAGGUUGGCGAGGAUAGUAAUUUUCAGGAGAGUCAGGGUUGUUUGAAUGAGAUCCUUAGUGACAGUGUGGAAUCUGACUGUCGUGAUAUUUGUACUCAAGAAUGGCAGGCCAAGCCACCAGAGCCGAGGGCAGACGAAGUGUCCAGGUGGGUUAAAGUGGAAGCCAAUGGUGCCGCCCCACGGUGCAAGGCCAAGAUUAGCAGGCCAAGCCAUCCCCCGCCGAGGGUAGAAGGAGUUUCAGGGUGGCACAAAGUACUUGCUGAAGUGGAAGCCAAUGGUGCGGCCUUAUGGUGCAAGGGUUUGGGCCAGUCUGAGACAGUAUAG